AUGAACAAUUCUAUAGAAAAUACUUAUCCAUUAUAUUCUUAUAUCCCAUCUCGUUAUGCUGCUGCAAUAUUUGCUACUAUUAUAUAUAUAUCAUCAAUUGCAUGGCUUGCUCAAUCAUUAAUUUCUAAAUGUCGUCCAUGUAUAUUAGCUAUAUUUAUAUUUGCAUCACAUUUUCUAACAUUUAUUGAACUUGUUUUACGUUCGACAUUGAAUAUAAAUGUAUUAAAAAGCAAAUUAUUAUAUCGAAUAACAGCACCAUUAUUAAGUUUAUCACCUCGAUUAUUAUUACUUGCAAAUUAUCGAUGUUUAGUUGAAUUAAGAGGAAAAGAACCACGUCAAAUACUUGAUCGUAUUAUGGAUACAAUGAUACCUAUUGGAGUUAUUAUUAUGGAUAGUAUAUUAUGUAUUGCUGAUGAACUUUCAUUUCAUUCUAAACGUUAUUAUUUAAGUUUUCAUCUUCGACAAUCAUCAGCUGGAUUUGUUCUUGGUUUAUCAAUAUUUUUUUUUCUUAUUUGGUAUUUAUCUGUAUCACAUAUUCGUCGUCUUUAUCUUUUACCAUUAUUAAUAAUAUCAAGUAUAUGUAUUUUAAUUGAAGCUAUUUAUGUUCUAGCAAUGUCAAUACCUUCUCUAUUUAUUAUUCUUACUAAAAGUGAAUUUUAUUAUUAUGUAUGUCAUUUAAUACCUAUUUUUAUUGCUCUGAUUUCAUGGUCUAUUUAUCAUCCUUGGCGGCUAUUACCACCAUUAGAAUCAGCUGUACCUCAUGAUGUUACUGGAAAAGAAUUACUUCGACCACCUCCAUCCAUCUAA